AUGGCACACCGCGUCAGGCUAAUACGCGUCUUUCACUCCUCUGCCGGAGCAUUUGAGCCCAAGAGACCAUCCGUGACGAUCACCAAGAAAAAGUAUUCUGAACUCCCUCGCAAGCAGCUGUCCGCGUCUGAGACCGCGCCAGUGACGUGCGACGCGUUGUCCGCCAGCGUGCUUUCCAACGGCAACAAUACCCCCUUCCAUCCGUCGCCUGCUCCCGGUAUCUCUGAGCCCAUACCGAGACCGAGGAGACGAAAAGCAAAACGGCCUUCUCUCCAUGAAAUCUUGACCAAUCUCAAAAACUUCCCCCACUGUAUCUUACUCACAAGAGUGGGCCAAUUUUACGAGUCAUAUUUUGAUCAAGCAGAAGAGGUGGCGAGUCUCUUGGGCAUCAAGCUGACUUCUCGCGUCUGGGACAAGCAGAAUAUCACCAUGUGCGGCUUCCCCCUGAUGCAUCUUGACAAAUACCUCAAGGUCCUUGUCCUUCAUCACAAACGUUUCGUCGCCAUGUGCGAAGAGUUUCCCCUCCAUAAGCCAGGCCAAAAACCCGCAUUCGAGCGCCGUGUCGUUCGUGUCAUCACCCCAGGGACCCUCAUAGACGAACCGUUCUUGGAUCACUGCCAGAACAAUUACCUUCUCGCAAUUGCAUUUUCACUAUCAUCCAAUAGUGAGAAGGACACAGGGACCAUUGGCUUGGCUUGGAUCGACGUGUCUACGGGGGAAUUUUUUACCAAAACCCUUCCUUUAGAAGGUUUGAAAGACCAUCUGGCCCGGAUAUGUCCCGGAGAAAUCGUUCUCCCGGACGAACUGAAAUCCUGUGCCGAUCAUCCAGUCCGAAAAGCAGUAGAGGACGAAGACAUUCUUGUCGCGUAUACACCCCCUUCCGCCACAGUGCGGGCUCCUCUUGAUGAUCCCCCGUCAGAUUCCUCUAUUUCUGGCACGUACACGGCCCACGAACUAGAAGCUGUUAACAUCCUUACGAAUUACAUGCGCCUAAACCUCUUGGAACAUAUGCCUCAACUUUCGAACCCCAGCAGGGAGGUCAGAGAGAGCGCAAGGGAAGGAGGGACAGCGGGUAGUUUACUUAGCGUGGUUAAGAGAACAGUGACCAGCAGUGGGACACGAUUACUGAGUCGCAGACUUUGUUCACCCAGUACAUCAGUCAGGGAGAUUGGGACACGCCAAUCACUGGUGGCUUUUUUCUAUGACAGGCCCUACCUCCGCGAAGACAUCGUGCAAUCGUUGAAGGAAUGCGAGGACACUCUUCGCAUUGUUCAAAUGUUUCUCCUCCGGAAAGGAGAACUAAGGGAUUUACUAUCGAUCCAUCGGACCAUUGAAGUUUGGAUGUUAAUACAAAGACGGCUUGAACUCGAGAGGAAGAUGGAGACUCUCGAACGCGGAACUUCGACCGCUAGCGAAUGGGGCAACAUUGAUGCUAUGAUGUCUAGCAUUGCGGACCUUCAGAGUUUAUCGCAUCGCAUCGCAUCUGCAUUGGAUGACGUCGAAAGUGCGGAUCCCUCCACGCAAGCACCAGAGGAAGACGACGUUUCUCAGGAAGAUAAAGCCGUGAAAACGAUUGCAUACAAUGGCGUUUACAAAUGGACGGUUAGACCUGACUUUGCAGAAGAACUUGCGGAAUUACACCAGAGGCUAAGCAACCUCCUUGACCGUCGGCGAACGCUAGAGCGAGAAUUACAAGUUCAAUAUAAUGCACCUUCCUUGACACUGCGCACAUCCCCUGGUCAGGGUAUGCAUGUUCACCUUGCUCGGGCGAAACGGGAUCAGAGUAAGAUAAAAUCCUCUCCGGAGUUCAUCAGUAUUUCGGAGAAUGCUUCCACUGGCAGCUUCUUCUAUCUGCCUUGGUCGCAACUUGGUAACCAAAUCGUUGAAAUCGCCACAGCUAUCUCAAAUGCUGAGAAAGAAAUCUUCGACACUUUGCUGAUCAUGGAUGAAUUGGAUGUUACGAUCGGCUUUGCUAACCUUGCGGCAGAAUUCCGGCUUACUAGGCCAGUUGUAAAAGAUGGUACUGGGUACGAAGUGAUACAUGGUCGCCAUCCGACAGUCGAACUUGGUCUUCUUACCUCUGGUCGAGUUUUUACGCCAAACUCUGUGUCGCUGAAAGCUGACUCACAGCUACAUAUCAUUACUGGACCCAAUAUGGCUGGAAAAUCAACAUUCUUAAGGCAAACUGCAAUAAUUGCGAUUCUUGCUCAAACUGGAUCAUUUGUACCUGCUGAACAUGCUGUUAUCGGUGUAGUCGAUAGGCUGUUUUCCAGGGUCGGGGCCAAAGACGACCUGUUUCGAGAUAGGAGUACAUUUAUGGUCGAGAUGCUAGAGACGGCUGAAAUCCUUCGACGUGCGACUCCCAAAAGUUUGGUCAUCAUGGAUGAAGUUGGCCGGGGCACAACGGUCAGAGACGGUUUAGCCAUCGCAUUUGCCACCGUGCAUCAUCUAGUCGUAAACAACCGAUGUCGAGCACUGUUUGCGACCCAUUUCCAUGAAUUGGCUGAUCUACUCUCCUACUCCGAAGUCGACCACCAUGGUGGUGGGGUCUUUCGGGGCGUCGGAUUUUUCUGCACAGAUGUACGUGAAACUGAAGAUGGCUACUUCACCUACUCUCAUUGCCUCAGGCCGGGCGUCAACCGCGACAGUCAUGCGCUCAAAGUUGCCCAGUUGGCAGGGAUGCCGACGUCCGCUGUACUACUUGCGAAGAAUGUCUUAAGUGCGCUACAAGGACAGCAGCAUUUGAGUGUUGCGCAGCUUUCGCAGCUUGGGCAAAUGGCGACUACCACUGAGUAACCCUCUUCUCGGAGUUGUUCUGCGACAUGGGAGGGUCAUGAAAGCCAGUUUUCAUCGGGCUUAAUCUUCGGGGAACCUUUCGUACCAAAAGUGCAUAUAUAUUGCAUGUCCC